AUGUCUAAUCUCUCAUCCACUGACCUUAUUUCCUUUAUGAAACCGACAAUUAAGUCUGUUUUAGGAAUAAGUUCCGUGGAUGACGAGGAAUUAAACUGUUUUUCUGAUGUAGUUCAAGAGUUUAUUGAAGAUCCGAAUAAAUUAUUCCUUAUUAUUCGGAAAACAAACAAAAUUGUAAUCCAAAACACACUUGAAUAUACAGAUGGACCAAUACUUGUCUAUCAAAAGUACCCUAUUACACUCACAAAAGAAAAUUUUGAGGGCGUAAUUAGCGUAAUUUCACUUCCAACUCAGAAAGCAGUACAAUUCCUUCAACUUCUUAUCUCACAAUUUUUCGUUCCGUAUAUGAAAAAUACUAUUCCUGCAACAGAUAAAAAUGCUCAAUCAGUUCUUGAAACAAUUUCAACAUUUGAUAUAGCAAUUUCUCGUUACCAACAACAAAAUAACCUUCCUGAACCCAUUUUUGAUAUCAAUUCUCCUUUAAUUCAAUCAGCAUCUUCAGGAAAAUUAACAAAAGCACAGGAAAUUGAACUAUUAUCGAUAAUAGACAGAUGGGAGAAUUCGAUAAAGUCCAUCAUUAGCUACGCAAAAUCACCUCCUACGUAUGAAAGAUUACAUGAUGAGUUUUCUUUCUGGACAUUGCUUGGACAAAGACUCAAACAAGGUGUUGAACAAGCAACAUAUAUUUCGAAAUCAAACAUCUCUACUCUCAUUUCUAACCAGCAAAAAUUAUUUAAUCAAUUUUUCAGAGAAGCACAAGACGAAUUGUUUAAAUACAAUCAGAUUUUCGGACCUUACUCUGAAGGCAUCAGUUCCUUCGAUAAAAUUAUUACGGAUAUCGAUGAAUGCAACACAAUAGAAGAAUUAAAACUACAUAUUCCAAAGUUGUACUCGUUACUUAGCUUCUUCUUCCAAAAGAGUAACUAUCCGCAACGCUCUCCGAUCAUUUACAAGCUGAUAAAAUCAUAUUUAUUUGAUAAACUCAUCAUGAUCAUAUCAGUAAUGGCUUUACAGCAUCUCCCGUUAGAAGCAUUCAAAGCAUCAAUGAAUAUCAUUAACGAUUUGUGCAAGAAAUGGAUUUCCGAUGAAAAAGAAUUAAUUAUUUUCUUAAAUGAGAAGAGAACCCAAUGUGAUUUCAUUAGCAAUGAUACUGUUGACAAGUCUAUAUUGUUCAAACGCUUCAAUGAACUCGAAAAUGCAAAGAUAGAGUAUCAUUUAUUGUCAAAUCACUUCUUAGAGUACUCAAAACUGCCAUUUGACUCUGUAAAAAGUGCCCUCGACCAAGCAUUUGAAUUGAUCGUUAACGCUCCGUUCUUAGAUUUCACUCAAAGCGCGAAUAAGAAAUGGGAUGUGUCAAUUCAAGAGUACAAGUCACAUUUAGAGCGAAUUGACAGCGACUUAGUACUUAUUAUUACUAAGUUACUGCAAGAAAACACGUCAUUGGUCGAUACUCAGCAAAUUUUUGUAAAUCAUAAGAAUAUUUGCCGAAGACCAGCUGUUCUUCCAUCAUUAAAAGAAUUACAGCAUAGAUUUGAGCAGCAGAUUGAAGACCAAUUGGUAAAAUUCGAAAAACAACAACUUGAACAAAUUGAUAAUCUUCCAAUUUUAGAAAUAGUCAUGAACCAUGGUACAUCUGAUGUCUUUGCUAAGUAUUUGCACGUCCAGAAUAUAUCACAGCGCUUAAAUACCAUUGAUAAAAUGAUAUCUGAUGUAAUAAGUGAAAAAUGGCAAGAAAACUAUCCAUCUUUGCGUGAAAAGUACAAUUCAUGCAGGGACAAGGUCAAGAAACAACUUGGCUUCCAAAAAAUUUCAGAUUUAGUUCAAGAUAUCAAGAAAGACCGAGAUAUGGCCAUUUUUGAAGUAACAUCUAACGGUUUGGUCUGUACAAUCGAUGAAGAAACCGCCCAUUUGAUUUCAAUCUUCAGAUCUCUCCAAGAAAAGAAUAUUACUCCAGAUACAGACUUAAUUCAUGAUGCUCCUCAAGUCUACAAGAUCUACAAGAAUGCCAUAAGGAUUCAAGAAGGUCUGAACAUGUUUAAUUCCGCAAUUAAAGACAUGGAUAAAAAUUUAUUAUUAAUUUGCGCUUCAGACAUCAACAACAUCUACAGUUUGAUCAGAGAUGGCUAUAACUAUAAGUGGACAGACCUAAUUACCAAAGAUUUCUCAAAAGAUUUUAAUCAUAACUGUUAUAACUUUUCUGUCUUCUACAAACGUGCCAAAGAAUGUGUCACAACCAUAGAAAACACAUUACAAGAUCUUGAAGACGGUUCGUGCCUUGAUACUACGAUUACAGAGAAAAUCAAGUUAAUCCAGCAAAAAGUUUACGAAAUUGAUCGUAAAUUCAACCACCAGUACAUCAAAGACAUCAAUGAGCGUCUUCUCGGUAUCAUUGCCAGCAAAGUUGACGACAUUGUCGGAAUUUGGGUUGAAUCUCUCAAAAACGGCAAACUUUUAGAAGGCACGGAUCCAAUAAAAAUCACUGUAACACUGAAAGGCAGCCAUAUCUCCAUAAAUCCAAGUCCGAACAAUCUCAGAUCUUAUGUCACGAAAGUUUUCACCGAACACAUUAACAACUAUUUGUUACAGCAGACAAUAACACUUGGUGACGAAGAUCCGAUCUAUUUCAGGGACAUCGAUGACAGUUUUCCUGUUCCUUACGACAAAAUCGAAGAAUUAUAUAAAUUGUUCGGAGAAUCAUGCGAAAUGGCAAAAUUUUAUUUGUCAGAUUGGCAGAAUAUCGAAAGUAUUUUCUUGGCAAGACCAGGAACAAUUGAAUUUUCUAAUGAUAUUUUUGAAUGGAUGUCAUUAAUAAAUUCUUUCUCGAAUAUCAAAAAGAAAAUCGAAAUUUCUUCUGGAGAAGAAGAGAUUUCUUGUUUUGUUAUUGAUACAAAUAGAAUGAAAUCAAUAACAAUAUCGAAACUCAAUGAAUGGAUCAAGUACUCAUCGGCGAAACUCUAUUUGCUCGCAGGAGAAAAGAUCUAUUUGAUAAACAACGAAAUGUCAGAUUUGAGAGUUAUGAUUUCUCAAAAAAUUCCAACGACAGCAAGAGGUCUUUCCAAUUUCUUGAAGUCGUUUAAAGAGGCAAGCGAUAAACAAAUAAACUGGGAAUCGUAUUUGCCGACAUUCGAGGAAGCAACAAAAUUCACAAAACUCGAACAUUUCAAGAAAUUAAAAGAAAAUGUAAAUGAAUUUAAAUUGCUGCUUGAAAAUAGAAGACAGGAAAUAGAGAAUAACAAACUCAAUUUCAGAAAAUCUGUGCAACUUGAGAACGAAUCUAUAAUUUCUAGGAUAGAUAAUCUCAAGGACAGAUGGAAUAACGAAAAACCUUUGAAUGGAGAUAUUUUGCCAGACAAAGCUCUUCAAAUUCUUGAAAAUUACAUGUCAGUUUUUGACAGAAUGAAAAGUGACUGGCAAGAAAUUUCUUCUGCUAUGGAACUUCUUGGAUUAGAAACAACAGAAUCAACAACACUCCAAAUGAUGAUUGAAGAACGCCAGAACAUGGUAGACGGGUGGAUUUUGUUGAAGAAAAUCAAUGAAAAACUCGAAACAGUUUUACAACAAAAGUUCCAAGAAAUAUCUAUACAAACACUCAAACAACAAGUCAACCAGAUAAUAGAAGAACUCAAUCAGAUGUCGAAUAUCAUCAGACAAUACGAAGGAUGGAUUUAUUUCAACAAGAAAUGCAAGAAUUUACUGAAAAUUUUCCCUGUUAUCGAAGGUCUAAAAAGCGAAGCAAUACAACAGAGACAUUGGAAACAUAUAUCAACACAAUUCUCUUUCGAUAUCAACUUCGAUACAUUUACUGUUAAAGAUUUAAUCAAUUUCGAUUUGCUGAAUAAUGAAAGUUUCUUCAGCGAUGUUUUGAGAAAUGCACAAGGAGAAUACUCACUCAAUAAGUACUUGGAUCAAUUGUCUGAUACAUGGAAUACAAUGGAAUUCGAGUUCUCUUCUUACAAAGAUAAGAUUUCUUUGAUAAAAUCAGGAAACAUUAUUCUAUCAUUGGUUUCCGAUCAUUUGAACUUUUUGAGUGCAAUGCAAACUUCACCAUUCUUCCAUGUUUUCAGGGAAAAAGCCACUGAAUGGGAGAAUUCAUUGAACAGACUACAAGUUGUUUUGGAUGAUUGGCUGAAUGUACAAAGAAGAUUCAUUUAUUUGGAAGGAGUUUUCUCUUCAUUGGAUAUCAGACAAAUCUUAGUUAAACAGACGAAUAACUUCAGGAAACAAGAAAAGGAAUUCAUGACAAUCUCUAAAAGAUUGACACAAUUAAAGAUUGUAAUGAAAAUUACUUUGAUUCCUAAUAUCGGACAAAUUUUGAAUUCUUUGAAUGAAAAUUUGAUUUUGCUACAAAAAGAAUUGUCUGAAUAUCUCGAGAAACAAAGAUCUUUGUUCCCAAGAUUCUUCUUCAUUGGCGAUGAAGAUCUUUUGGAGAUUAUUGGUAAAUCUUCUUCAAUUUCCGAAAUCCAGAAACAUUUCGGAAAAAUGUUCGAAGGUUUGUCGAAAGUUGAACAAAAUGAAGAGAACAUGAUAACAAAAUUUGGUUGUUCAGAAGGAGAAAUCAUAAGUGUGUCUAAUCCUCUUUCUAUUUCUAAAACUGUUCAUCAAACUUUGUCAAGUUUAGAAAAAGAAAUGAAAGUUUCUUUGAACAAAAUUUUGAAUUCCGCAAUUAUCGAAUUCGAACAAUUUUGGCAAAAUAUGACAUUGGAAAAUCUCAAGAGUAUUUUGUCCAAAUAUCCAUCACAGAUUGUUCUUUUGUGUUUCUUCGUGACAACAACAAAUCAAAUCGAACUUGGAAUCACCAAGAAAUUGUUGUCAAAUUCGACAAAUGAAAUUGUCAAAUUUAUUUCACUUUUAAGUCAAAUUGUUUUCAGCGAUUUGAGCUUGAUAAUGAGACAUUCUGUUCAACAACUCAUUACAGAAAGUGUUCACCAAAGAAACAUAACAAAAGAUCUCCAAAACGUUGAUCAAAUUUCCAAUUUCGAGUGGACGAAACAUCUCAGAUAUUAUUUGAACAAAUCAACAGGCGAAUUAACUGUUUCUGUUGGAGAUGCAGUGUUCAAUUACGGAUACGAAUAUCUUGGAUUGUGCCAAUCAUUAGUCAGAACUCCUUUAACAGACAAAGUCUAUUUGACAAUGGCUCAAGCUUUGUUUGCAAAAUUGGGAGGUUCCCCAUUCGGUCCUGCGGGAACAGGAAAGACAGAAACAGUUAAAAACAUGGGCCAUCACUUAGGAAGAUUAGUUUUGGUGUUUAACUGCGAUGAAACAUUCGAUUUCAAAGCGAUGGGAAGAAUUUUCGUUGGUUUGUGUCAUUGUGGAUCAUGGGGAUGCUUCGAUGAAUUCAACAGAUUGGAUGAACAGAUGUUAUCCGCCGUCAGCCAACAGAUACAAACAAUUCAGAACGGUUUGAAGAUGAAUACGAACCAGAUUUCAAUUUUAGGAAGAAAAGUUCCUUUGAACAAAGACAUUGGAAUUUUCAUUACAAUGAAUCCAGGAUACGCAGGUCGUGUUGAAUUGCCUGAUAACUUGAAACAGUUGUUCAGAUCGAUAGCGAUGAAUAAGCCUGAUACAGAUUUGAUCACUGAAGUUCUUUUGUUCUCACAAGGUUUCGAAACUGCCGAAAAACUUGCUCCGAAAUUUGUUCUUUUAUUCGGAAUGGCGAAAGAAAGUUUGUCAAAUCAAACUCAUUACGAUUUCGGAUUGAGAGCGAUGAAAUCUGUUUUGGCAAAUGCUGGACAAUUGAUCAGACAAAGCCAGAACAACAAGAACGAAGAGAAGAUCUUGAUUUCAUCAAUCGUAAACGCUUUAUUCCCGAAGUUGUUGAGCAACGAUUUGAUCAAAUUAAAGAGAUUGAUGGAUGACAUUUUCCCUGGAAUUACUCCAAGCGAAAUAACUCAAGAAGAUUUGUUGAAUCACAUCAAAGAAGAAGCAAAUAACUGUGGAUGGACAGAUAGCGAAAUCUGGGUACAAAAGAUUAUCCAGCUCUAUUACAUCCAACAGAUAAACCAUGGCUUCAUGUUAGUCGGUGCUUCUUCAAGCGGAAAAACUUCUUCUUGGAAAAUUUUGUUGAAAGUUUUGACAAAAAUUGACAAAAUUGAGAGUGAAUUUUAUGUCAUCAAUCCGAAGUCAGUAACAAAAGACACAUUAUUCGGAUGUUUAGAUCCUGUAUCUAGAGAAUGGACUGAUGGUGUUUUCACGAGAAUUCUCAGACAAAUCGUUGCAAAUCAAAAGAACGAAAUGUCAAAACGUCAUUGGAUUGUUUUCGAUGGAGACGUCGAUCCUGAAUGGGUAGAAAACUUGAAUUCCGUUUUGGAUGAUAACAAACUAUUGACACUUCCUAAUGGUGAAAGAAUCGCUCUUCCAAGCAAUGUAAGAAUCGUUUUCGAAGUAGAAAAUCUCAAUUUCGCAACUCCUGCAACUGUUUCUCGUUGUGGAAUUGUUUAUUUCUCAGAAAAUACAUUGCAGCCAAACGAGAUUAUCAAUUACUAUUUGCACAAGUUGUCAACGGAAUCAAUCAUCACUCAGAACCAUCUUUUGUUCAAUGAAUACAUUGAUUUCUCUAUCCCUGACAUGAUCCAAAAACAAAAUUCGUUUUUGGAGUUUGUCAAACCGUUAAUUACAAAACUUGUUCCGAUUUUAAUUGAUUUUAUGAAUAAAUCAAAAGAAAACGCAGUGAUGAAUAUCCCAAUUGCAUCAUAUAUCUCAACAAUGUUCAGUUUGAUCUCGAGUUCAUUUAUUUCCGCUUUCAACAUGGAAGAACCACAAAUUUUCAUCGAAAAAUCCACAAUUUUCGCAGGAUUUUGGGCAUUUUCUUCUCCGAUUUCAUACAAACAAAGAGAGAAUCUUUCUUUAUUAAUAAAGAAAGAGUUCCCGAAGCUUUGUCCUGAUGGUUCUUUGUUGAAUUACGUCAUUUCAAGUGAUGUUGAAGAUUGGAUCAAUGUUGACAUUCCUCAGAACAACCAAAACGAAGAUUCGAAGUUUAUUCCGAUCUCCGAAACAGUUAUCACGAAGAAACUCAUCCAGAUGAUGAUAACUGGCGGACAAACACCAAUUUUGUGCGGAAUGAACGGUGUUGGAAAAGGUUCUUUGGUCAAACAGAGUCUCUCAAAAUAUUCUGAGAUUAAUUUGAUCAAUUUAGACUUUUCCAGCUGUUCUACGAUUGAUUUCGUCUUGCAGACAUUGGAGCAAUUCACUGUCUACAAGAAGACAUCGAAUGGAAUGAAAUUGAUUCCGAAACAAAACAACAAUUACUUGGUUUUCGUGAUUAACAACUUAAACCUUCCAAAUCUUGAUAAAUACGGAACACAAAGAGUCAUCGAAUUCCUCAGACAAUUCUUGGAUAUGAAAGGAUUUUGGCAUCCAAAUAAAAGAGAAUGGAUUUCUUUGGAAUUAAUCGAUUUCGUUUGUUUGUGUUCUCCGCCAACUUGCUACGGACGUGUCAAAUUAAAUUCAAGAUUCCUUAGAUUGUGUUCUGUUGUUAAUAUCGAACAUCCUUCUUCCGAAUCAAUCAACAAAAUUACCAAACAAUUAUUGGAGAAAAGUGACGAAAAUUUGGUCAAUUCUAUCGUCGAAUUUUACUUCACUUUUCGUGAUCAAUUCAAAGGAAAUGAAAACGUCCAUUACCAAGCAAACAUGAGAGAUUUGAUUGAAUGGAUAAACUCAUUCAAGAUCGCCAUGAAUGAUGAUCAAACUAAUGAUAAUUGUCACGUUUUAUUCUAUGAAGGACAAAGAAUUUUCUGCGACAGGAUCAAAGAGAAAGAAAACAAGAAAUUCGCAAUUGACAAACUCCAAGAAAUCAUCAUUAAAAACAAUGAAAAUUGCGAUCUCAAUAAGUUCCAAGAAACAUCAAUUUACACAAGAAUAUUGAACGGAAAAUAUUCUAUUUCUGAUAUCCAAACUUUGCAAACUAAACUCGAACAAAAACUCAAAGAUUUCAAUGAAGAAAACUCCAAUGAAAAAAUUGUUUUCUUCGAUGAAAUUAUCGAAUUCAUUUGCAAAGUCGAAAGACGUCUUUCUGAAAAUUCAGGACAUCUUUUGUUAGUCGGAUUAAGUGGAACAGGAAAGACUUUGAUUCCUAAUUUCGUUUCUUUCAUUUUGAAUUAUGAUUUUGUCAGAUUACAUGUUUACAAAGGUUACGGUUUGUCAGAUUUUGACAAUGACUUGAGAAAGAUUUUGAAGUCAUGUAUACAAAAACCUGUUGUUUUCCACGUGAAAGAAAACGAUUUAAUUUUAUCCCAAAUGACAGAAAAAUUGAACGUUUUGAUGCAGGAAUCAAAUAUCCCCGGUUUGUUCGUUGGUGAUGAGUUCACUUCACUUUUGACAGCCAUCAAAGAUCAAGCAAGAAUUGAUGGAAUUAACAAUCUCGAGAGUGAUGAGAGUUUGUUAAAUUAUUUCCAUGAAAAAGUGAAAGAAAAUUUGAAGAUUAUUUUCACUUUGAAUUCAGCAACAGCAAAUUUGAAUGAAACAGAAAAAUUAUUCCCAUCUCUUUUCUUGUUUACGAACAUCAUUUAUAUUGAUACAUUGAGUGAUGAAUCAUUGAAGUCAUACGCGAAACAGAUCCUCAAAGAAGAAGAAAUCGAUGAAAAAAUCGAUCAAAUUAUGGUUGAAUUCCAUAAAACGGCAGAAAAUGUUUCAAAUUCUCUCCAAAUUUCCAAUUUCGUUUCUCCGAGAUAUUUCUUUGAUUUUGUUUCUCAUUUCUGCCAAAUUUUGAAGUCAAAGAAAUCUAAAUUACAGACACAACAACUGCAUCUAUAUAAUGGCUUAUCCAAACUAGAAACAACACAAAAUGAAGUUGAAAGAAUGGGCAAAGAUUUGGCUGUCAAACAAAAGCAAUUAAAAGAAAAAGAACAAUUGGCCGAACAAAAAUUGACUGAAAUUGUAAAAGACAAACAAAUUACGACACAAAAGAAAGAUGAAGCGCAAAAGGUAAAGGCAGAAAUAGAGAACAAGAGGAACAUAAUGAAAGUCGAACAACAGAAAGCACAAAAGGAAUUAGACGAAGUACAACCAAUAAUUGAAGAUGCGAAAUCCUCUGUUUCAAACAUUUCCAAACAAAAACUCGAUGAAAUAAGACGUUUGGCAUCUCCUCCUGAAGUUAUCAAGAAUAUAUUGACAGCAGUAUUGAUGUUACUUGGAAUGAACGCUUCUAAUUGGACACUCAUCAAGAAGGAAAUCUCAGGAGAUUCAUUCAUCAGAACAAUUUUAGAUUUUCAAUUAGAAAAAGUGACACCAUCAAUUGGCAAAAAGAUUGAACAUUUUUUGACUGUCAAUGGCUUGGAUUACGACAAAGCAAUGCGUGCAUCACAAGCCUGCGGACCAUUGUUCAAAUGGCUGAGUGCAAAUAUCAGAUAUGUUUCGAUUUUGGAGUCGACAGAACCAUUGAGACAAAAAGUCGAAUCUUUGGAUAAAGAAGCCCAAAUUUUGGAACAAAAAUACAAAGAAUUGGAAACUACUACCAAUAGAUUGGAAACAAGAUUGAAUAAUCUAACUAAUGAAUAUAAGAAUUUAGUUAGCGAAUGCGAGAAAACAAGAAUAGAAGCUGAACAAAUAAAAGUCAAAAUGCAAAGAGCAACGAAUUUAAUUUCUUCUUUGACAAAUGAAAUGAAAAGAUGGAAUGAAUCGAGAGUUUCCUUCACAAGAGAGUUCGAAUGCCUUGUUGGACACUCUCUAUUGUCUUCCGCUUUCAUUACUUAUUGUGGCUACUUGGAACAAAGCAGAAGAAAUGAUUUGAUUUUGUCUUGGAAAUCAAUUUUGACAAAUAAUGUUAUUAAAUGUCAAAAUGACUUUAAUUUCAUGAAUUUCGCUACAGAUCCAUCGCAAUUAAUCGAUUGGGCAUCUAAGGGAUUACCAAAGGAUGACCUCUGCAUACAGAACGCAAUCAUUCUUGAUAAUCUCAAGAGGAUUCCAUUCAUUAUUGAUCCAACAGGAGAAGCUGUCAAAUUUUUGGAGAAAAUUUAUCCAAAUUUGGUCAAAUCUUCUUUCAUUGACAGUAAAUUCCCCAAGAACUUAGAAAGCUGCUUAAGAUUCGGAUCUCCUCUGUUAAUAGAAGAAGGAGAACAAUUGGAUCCUUUAGUUUAUCCUGUUCUUUCCAAAGAAUUCAAGAAAUUAAGUGGAAGAACAAUUUUGGAUCUGAAACACAAUGAUAUCGACGUUUCUCCUUCAUUCUCAAUGUUCAUUGUAACAAAGGACACUGAUUUCAGACCAAAUCCUUCCCUUUGUUCGAUGACGGUUUUAGUCAAUUUCUCGGUCACUUCACUUUCAUUAAGAGCACAGUGUUUGACACGAUUAUUGUCAUUCAAGCUUCCUGACAUCGAGAAACAGAGACAGGAGCUUCAUACAAGUCUCUCAAAGAUGCAAAUCGCUUUACACGGUUUGGAAGAAAAAAUGUUGUCAGUUUUCAGUUCAACGAGUGGCGAAAUUUUGGAGAAUGACGAAUUGUUGCAUCUUUUAGAGCACAUCAAAGAAGAAGCCAAGGAAAUGGAGAAGAAGGCUGAAGAGACUAAAACAGCACUUCAAAAGAUCAACGAUGUUUCUCAACAAUUCCAAUCUGUUGCAGAAGUUUCGACAUCACUAUUCUUCGCUUUGAACAACAUGUCUUCUGUCCACUUUUUGUAUCAAUUUUCAUUGAAUUUCUUCUGGUCUGUUUUUGACAAAUCCUCGUCUGCUGAUGCAAAACCAGAAGAACUAAUCGAAAUGAUCACAAAAGAUUUGUUUGUCGCUGCAAGUUACUCAUUAUUGUCCAAGCAUUUGCCAAUUUUAGCUUUCAGAUUUGGCCAAAUUUUGAUUGAACACAAAAAUAUUUCUGUCGAUGAAUCCCUCUAUGAUUUGGCCCUCAGAGGAACAACACUUAGAGGAAACAGUGAUUUCUUGAAACUUACAGAUACGCAAGAGUUCAAAGAUUGGCUCCAAAACGAUUCUCCUGAAAUAAAUGUUCCUAAAGAAAUUUUGGAAAAAAUCACAAAAAGUGACAACAAAAUCACUUCAUCUUUGAAGAUUCUUGCCAUCAUGAGAAAGUGCAGACCGGAUAGAAUCAUUUCCAGUACUAAAUGUUUCAUUAGAAGCUGCUUUGGCUAUGAUAUUUUGGACAUUCCUUCUCUUGACAUCGUUAAAACUGCUUCGACACUUGAUCCACACAUUCCAAUGCUUCUCUGUGCUUCAGCCGGCCACGAUCCAAGUGAAAGAGUUGAAGAGUGUUCAAGCAAACAGAUAGAGAGUGUCGCAGUUGGUUCACAAGAUUCGCAAGAGAACAUAGAAUCAGUUGUUCGACAAGCAGGACAAAGAGGUCAAUGGAUUAUCAUCAAAAACGUACAUUUGGCACCAAUUUGGACAAGAGAUUUCGUCAAAUCAUUGAACACAAUGAAACUUCAUCCUGAGUUCAGACUGUUUUUGACAAGUGAAAUCAAUCCAAAGGUUGGUUCAAAUGUGUUCAGAUCAUCAAGAGUCAUCGUGUUCGAAAGCGCAACAGGAAUCAGAGCAAACUUAAAGAAAGUUUACUCAUCAGGAUUGACGAUUCCAAAUGUAACAAGUGAAAAGAGAAAAGUCAUUUCCAGCUUCAUCUGGCUUCACUCCGUCAUCAUGGAACGUCUCAGAUAUCUUCCUCUUGGUUGGUCUAAGAAAUACGAGUUCAACGAAAGUGAUUUGAAGUUUGCUCUUCAAAUUGCAGUCAGAUGGAUGGAGAAUGCCAGUGCAGGAAGAAGCCAUUUAUCUGAUGAAACAAUUCCUUGGACAGCAUUGAGAUCAUUGAUUUCUUCUUGUGUUUACGGAGGAAGAGUUGAUCAAACAUGCGAUUCAAGAGUUUUGUCAGCAAUGGCAAAUGAAAUACUUAAACCAAACUCAAAAGUUGCAGAUGGAUUGUUAGAAAUACCUGAUUUCUCAACGAUGAAUGAGUUUAAGUCUUGGGUUGAUUCAUUGAAUGACAACAAUGAAACUCCUGAAAUGCUGUGGCUUCCUAAGAAUUCCGCAAAAUUCUUGUUUAUCCAACAAGGAAAUGAAAUUCUUAAACAGAUUUUGGGAGUUUCUGCCGGAGAAUUCAACUCAAAUCACGUUGAAGAAAAGAAAUUAUCCUUUGUUAAACUACUUUUGAAGAAAUGGAUUGAUGAUUUCAGUCAAAUCAAAGUUGACGAAAAAACAACAAAAAGUAACAGUUUGAUAUCAAAUGUCAUCAACGAAGAAAGGAAACAAAUAUUAAACACAAUGAAACUGAUCAUUGAAGAGUCCAAUUUGAUCAUCAAAAGAUUGGAAGAAAACGAUCAAUUGACUCAAAAUGAUAAUUUAAUAAUAUCAGACCUUGCAAAAGGAAAAAUCCCGAAGCAAUGGAACAAACACAACUACGAAGGAAGGGAUCUUGAAGAGUGGAAGGAAGAUUUCAUCAAUAGAAUCAUACAUCUCACAUUCAAUGAUAAUAAGUCCCUUAAACUAGGUUACUUCUCACAUCCAGAAGCUGUUUUGGCAGCUGCAAGACAAACUGCUGCUUCUAAAAAUUCUUGGCCGAUAGAAAAAGUGACAAUGACCAUUGAAGUAAACAAUAGUGAAAAGAAGAACGAAUACGACUUGGUUGUUGAAGAUAUAACGACAAUGAAUGCAGAAUGGGACAAAGAAAAGAAAUGUUUUGUUUCAACAGAAAAUGUAAUGGGAAGUCUCCCAAUUUCGAAGAUUUCUUUCUCAAAUUCUUCGCAAGUUGAAGGAGUUGUCGUUUCUUGCUUCAUGACAACAUCGAGGAAGGGCUCUGUAUUCGAAGUAACAAUGCCAGUGGAUCAAGAAAAAGAUCUAAAUUGGUGGACAAUCAGAGCUCCUGCAUUAGUUUUGCAAAAGAACGCUAUUUAG